CGCGUGUACGCAUGCGCGCAAGGGAGAGGCGCGCGGCCCGAGGGCCGGCGAGAAUCCAGCUGUGGGACUCGGUGGACUUCUGAGGUGCGGGACUUGGAGAGGAUGGAGACGCUGAAGGUGGAAAAGUUCACGACCGCCAACAGCGGAAACGGGUUGCGCGCCGUGGCCCCGCUGCGUCCCGGAGAGCUGCUCUUCCGCUCGGAUCCCUUAGCAUACACGGUCUGCAAGGGGAGUCGAGGCACCGUCUGCGACCACUGCCUGCUCGGGAAGGAAAAGCUGAUGAGAUGCUCUCAAUGCCGAGUUGCCAAAUACUGUAGUGCUAAGUGUCAGAAAAAAGCUUGGCAGGACCACAAGCGAGAAUGUAAAUGCCUUAAAAGUUGCAAACCCAGAUAUCCUCCUGACUCUGUGAGACUUCUCGGCAGAGUUGUCAUCAAGCUUAUGGAAGAAACACCCUCUGAGUCGGAGAAACUUUACUCAUUUUAUGAUCUGGAAUCAAAUAUUAGCAAACUGACUGAAGAUAAGAAAGAGGGCCUCAGGCAACUUGCAGUGACAUUUCAGCAUUUCAUGAGAGAGGAAAUACAGGAUGCAUCUAAGCUGCCACCUUCUUUUGACAUUUUUGAAGGCUUUGCAAAAGUGAUCUGCAACUCUUUCACCAUCUGUAAUGCAGAGAUGCAGGAAGUUGGUGUUGGCCUGUACCCCAGUAUGUCCUUGCUCAAUCACAGCUGUGACCCCAACUGCUCCAUUGUGUUCAGCGGGCCUCACCUCCUGCUGCGUGCUGUCCGAGACAUCGAGGUGGGAGAAGAGCUUACUAUCUGCUACCUGGAUAUGCUGAUGACCAGUGAGGAACGCCGGAAGCAGCUGAGGGACCAGUACUGCUUUGACUGUGACUGUUUCCGGUGCCAAACUCAGGACAAGGAUGCUGAUAUGCUGACUGGUGAUGAGCAAGUAUGGAAGGGAGUGCAAGAAUCCUUGAAGAAAAUUGAAGAACUGAAGGCACACUGGAAGUGGGAGCAGGUUCUGGCCAUGUGCCAGUCGAUCAUAAGCAGCAACUCUGAACGGCUUCCUGAUAUCAACAUCUACCAGCUGAAGGUGCUCGACUGUGCCAUGGAUGCCUGCAUCAACCUCGGCCUGCUGGAGGAGGCGCUGUUCUACGGCAUCCGGACCAUGGAGCCCUACCGGAUUUUUUUCCCAGGAAGCCAUCCCGUCAGAGGUGUACAAGUAAUGAAAGUUGGCAAAUUGCAGUUACAUCAAGGCAUGUUUCCCCAAGCAAUGAAGAAUCUCAGGCUGUUGAGGAAACUGAGGCCCAGGGAAGAGAUGACUUCUCCAAGGUCUUCAGAGCUGUGUCUGGAGCCACAAAGGGCCCCUUCUUCCAUCACAGGGAGCAGCUUGCCCCAGUUCCAGGUGAUGUCCUGGAUAAGAAUCAGAUGUCCCCUCCAUCGUCAGGCCUGGGUUGUAGCUUCCUGUCCACCAGUGUAUCCUGUCAUUCAUAUGCACACAUGUCCACAACACGAGAGUUACUGACAUACUUCUCACAUAACCGAGUUUCUUCUUUCUCUCCUGUUUUCUUCUACAUCUGCCCAUUACCCAGAGAGAAAGGCACAAUAUUUAUCAUCUACAUUGAGUUUUGUUUUUUAGACAAAUGGUGUAGUUUUUUUUUCAGUCUCUUCAAAUUAGUCCUCUGCCCCUGCCUACACUCGUUACCUUGCUGCUUCCAGCCGCCCUGGGGAGAAGACCCUUAGAGGCUGGGCUCUCAUAACUGCACAGAUGCACCUGGGGCUGCCCCCACCCACCUCUGCUCCCAGUAUCACAGUCGCCACCAAAAAGUAGAGUACAGAACACACUGGCAGCAUCCUGACC